CCAGCCACUGCCCCCCAUUAUAAUCUUCAUCGCACGCCUCUUCUCUCCUCAUUACAAAUCUCAGCUUCGAUCCUUCACACAUAUAUAUUCUCUCUCUAAAACAUAUAUAUACAGUUUGGAGAAUACUUAUAAACAGAGGGAAGAAAGAAUGGCGGAUACUAAUCAGCCGGGAAUGGAAGGGAGCCAGCCGGUGGAUCUUUCCAAACACCCGUCUGGAAUUGUGCCCACCCUCCAGAACAUUGUCUCAACGGUCAAUUUGGAUUGCAAAUUGGAUCUUAAGGCUAUUGCAUUGCAUGCUCGCAAUGCAGAAUACAAUCCGAAGCGUUUUGCUGCAGUUAUAAUGCGGAUAAGGGAGCCAAAAACUACAGCUUUGAUCUUUGCAUCUGGGAAAAUGGUUUGCACUGGAGCAAAGAGUGAAGAACAAUCAAGGCUUGCAGCAAGGAAGUAUGCACGUAUCAUCCAGAAGCUUGGCUUCCCUGCCAAAUUUAAGGAUUUUAAGAUUCAGAACAUAGUUGGCUCAUGUGAUGUGAAAUUCCCCAUCAGACUUGAGGGUUUGGCUUAUUCUCAUGGUGCAUUUUCAAGUUAUGAGCCAGAACUGUUUCCAGGAUUAAUAUACCGGAUGAAGCAACCAAAGAUUGUGCUUCUUAUCUUUGUGUCUGGAAAAAUCGUUCUCACGGGAGCAAAGGUGCGAGAGGAGACGUACGCGGCUUUUGAAAAUAUUUACCCAGUGCUUACAGAGUUCAGGAAGAACCAGCAGUGGUAAGCAUAACCGUUCCCUUCUCCUUUCCUCCCCUUAGGGCCUGUUUGGCUCACGGGGAAGUGAGGCAAAGAUGAUUUUUGAUGGUACCAUUGAUUUUGUUGGAGGGGAACUCCAACCCUUUUGAAAGUUUUUGAACCAGAUGAGGGGCACGGGUUUAUUUAACCUUUUGUCCCUUCAAAUACCUUUGAAUCAAAUUGGCCCUUGGGCUGUUUUUUAAUUUAGAGGUUUUAGGGGAGGGAAGGAAAGGUAAAUUGCUCACCUCCCAUCAUUUGAAAAAGAGAUUUUGGAGAAAGAGGACGCAAAGUUCUCCUCAUGUUUUCCUCACCCUCCAAAUUGGAGUUGUUUUGUAAGCAAAACAUAAAAUACACGAAGAACGUGUACCCACCCACCCCCCUCUCCUCACUCUCUUUACUUGAACCAAACACACCCUAAGCCCUAAGGCAUAUGCUCCAUAAUUCGCGCUCUACCAUCUUGGUUCGACGUAUUAUUCAAAAAGUUCAUUUUGUUUUACACAGAUGCUUAGUCAUGGUAUCCACAGCCUAAAUGGAGGGGGAAUACUUCUUCCUUUACUUGGUGGCAUUGGCACAUGGAAUGUGAAUAUCUGAUGGUGUGUCCCUUGGAUGGAGCUCUGCCUGCCCUUUGGCACCUCAAAGUAAAAACCUUAAGGUAGUGUUUGGCAACUAGCAUUUCAUUUCAAUUCAUGUAUUUCAAUUCCAAAAUUUGAAAUCCUGAAUUUCAAAUGACAAGGGGAGAUGCAUGGAUUUCAAAUUAAGCUUGGUUUGAAUGUAAAGAAUUUGAUUCAAAUCCAAAUUCAAAAUGCUUAAGUUUUCCAAACAUGGAAUUUAAGCCAAAUCCGGAUUUGAAAUCCAAAUCCAUGUUUCCAAACAUACCAUAAUAUAAAUCUUUCUCAUGUUUGCCUCUAUGUUCUGGGGUUCUCACAUCUGCCUGAGUUACUACUGUAUAAAUGAUGGAUAACUGGCAUUUCUUCUCAUGGCCAUAUGUAUUUGAGAAGCCUGUCUAAAUGCAAUCAAAAUUUUGCUUUCAA